UUUUUUUUUUUUGUGUGUGUUUAUCCCCUCCCAACCCCUUUGAAUAAAUAGAGGGGUUUUUUUGGCUUGAAAAUUAGCAAAAAAACCAGAAAUUUGAAACCAAUUCAUUCACUUUAUGGACUCCUCGUCAACUCAAGAUCAGACAUUUACCACCAGAGUCAGUUCUUCGUUCCUCGAUGGUAUCUACUUCAUUUCCAAACCCUUUCUUCGACGAUUUUUGCCAGAUCCUUAUACUGAAGCGGGUAACGUGCGAGUGGAAGCCAAACCAGCAUCGACAUCUCGAGUGACCAUUACAAAGAUUGUUUCACCCGAGCAUUGUAAUUUAAAUGGUUGUGCGUAUGCUGGUAUCAUUUUGGGUUGGAUUGAUAUUGCUGCAGGAAUAGCCGCAAAACGGCAUGCUAUUUCACCAUCGGUCACUCGCUCAGUAGACGACGUUGCUUUUUUGCAUCCCAUCAAAGUGGGAGAUAUUGUGAGUGUUCAGGCUUCUGUAAACAAAUCGUGGAAAACGUCCAUGGAAGUGGGCGUCAAAGUAGAAGCAGAAUCUCCUUUAUCCAAUGAACGCUUUUUUGUCGCUCAUGCCUAUCUUACCUUCGUGGCCCUCUCCCCUCGACCUGAGGCGAAAACGCAUCUCGGAAGAGUGCUUUCUGAUUUGGAGCCCAUGGCCGUUCCAAAAUUGAUACCUCAAACCGACAUGGAAAAGAAACGGUUUGACAUGGCAGAAACACGUCGUUUGCAACGAAUGCAGUCAAAGAAAAAAUCAGAUCAUCGUCAGCAAAUAAGAGACCUGAUGAGGGAAUGGUCUCAAGGUUUAAAAGAACGCGUGUUGGAAGAUGCCCCCAUUAAACAUCAUCCUGGUUAUUUCGCAGAAUCUCCUUCCAACUCGCCUGCGCUGAUCGUACAAGACACAGAGGAAAAGAACGGAGGGCUAUCCGUCACCGAGUUGGAGGACCACCAGGCCAGAACGGCAGUGAGACGAGGAGGUAGACGCUACUCUCAAGACCCCAAGUUGGGUCAGCAGUCCGAUAAAGAGCAGCUCAUGAGUUCCACUUUUGCAGAGGUCGUCGAAUUAGUCAUGCCACAACAUGCCAACACCCUAGGCAUCACUUUUGGCGGCCAAAUCAUGGCCUGGAUGGAGACAUGCGCCAUCACCAGUGCCAACAGAUUAGCGAAAGCGUAUUUAUUGACCGCCAGUAUAGAUAGUUUAAAUUUCAUAGCAAGCUCUGGCGUAGGUGAUGUCGUCACCAUAAGGUCACUUGUUUCAAGAUCCUUCAAUUCCUCUAUGGAAGUCUAUGUUACUGUCGAAGCAGAGAAUUUACUGACGGGCGAAAUCAAAUUCACGAAUGAUGGAUUCUUUACAAUCACUGCUCUGGAUCAUGAAAAUGUGCCAGUGAUUAUACCCAAGGUGCUGCCACAAACAGAGGCAGGUCGUGAACUAUUUGAUGGUGGACAUGAGAGACGUAUUAAACGGUUGAAUAGGCGACAGGAGGUGAUCAGUUUAGUGACAGCCUCACAAAAAUCUAAAGAUCCUUCCACUCCACUUGAUAGCUAGUCAAAUGGCCCAUCUUUUUUCAAGAACGGAGUUACAUCAGCAGCCCUAAAAAUCUGAAGACUGCUUUUCUGUGUUUGUUAAAGGUCAAAUAAAAAAAAAUCCCUAGGAAUCAAAC